ACAGUCUAAAUGUUGUUGCCGUCACCAACUGAUUUAACAACACAUUUGCCAACAGUUGAGCGUUUAGUGCCAGAAACGUCAACGACGGCGACUACGACGACGGUAGUGAAGACAGUAACGGCACUCUUGGACAAUAGCAAAAGCAAUAGGUUGUGCAAAUAUCACAUUGAAGGAAAGGCAGAAGAAGAAGAAACAGCAGCAGCGCUGUUCAAAGAAGAAGCUCAAGACAAAUUGUUGUUUCUACGACAAGUGCAACGACAACAACAACGACAGCAACUGCGGUUCCAAUCAACACAUAAAUCACAUCAACGAUACUUAAUCUUCGCUAUUACCCGCUUUACCAACGGCCGGAGUACAAUUUUUCAAGAUAUCAAAGCAACCUAAGCGACAACUUUGGGCAGCAAAGGAAAGUUAAAAGAGUUGAAAGCGACCAUGCGCGCAUGGCUUCUACUCCUCGCAGUGCUGGCGACUUUUCAAGCGAUCGUUCAAGUUGCUAGCACCGAGGAUAUAACUUCGAGUUUUAUUCAAGCGAUAUCACCGCAAAUUAAAGCAACAACACAGCAGCAACAACAACAACAACAACAACAACAACAAUAUAAAUAUCAACAAAAAUAUUUUGAAUUGGAAAAUUCACCGCGUGAACCAAAAGUGGCGUUGGCAAAUAAACAAUUGAGUGCAAUUAAAACAGCAAUUAGUCCAGUUUAUGAUAUAACACCGUUAUCAGUGACAAGAAAAGAAAUAGCGGUAAAGCACAAUAGCACAAUAGAAGGGCGAACAAAAGCAGUGACAAUAGAAAAGUCAACAACAGUGAUCGCAACGAUUAUUGAAAAAAAUAAUAAAAACAGUGAUAGUGUUAGUUAUAGCAAUAAAAACAACAACAACAAUAAUUAUAACAAAAAUAAUUUAAAUAAAUCUAGUGUAAAGGAUAUUGCAGUAAGCAAGCGUAGCGUACAACCAGCAAGCGAUUUUGUGGUGAAAGCGCAGCAAACGCAAAGCAAUAAACAACAUAAAAUUCAAAAUAAAAAUCAAAAUCACAACGAAGUGAACGAUAAAAGUGACAAGAACGCGAAAAACGCGCUAAUAACUGUUUUAAGAACGCAAGAAUUACAAAAAAUAAACAGCAGUAGCAGCAGCAACAACAACAACAACAACAACUCUAAUAAAGUGCAAGAAUUAAUAGAAUUUAACAAUAAGAAAAGCGAAGAAAAAAUUCUAACAACAAAAAGUACUAACAAGCUCGAAGCGCAAAAUAGUGCAGUGCAAAGUAGUGAAAAGUUAGCAGCAGCAGCAGCAGCAGUACCAUCGGAAGAAGAAGCAACAACAGAAAAACUAUCAGCGAAUAAGGUAGAAAAUAAAAGCAAUAACAUGGCUCUUAAUGAAAGUGUAACGCCUCAAUUACACAGCCAACGGCAACAUAGAAAUCAUAAUCAACAACAACAACGACAGCACCAUCAUCAGCAACACAGGCAAAAUAAAAAGAGCCAUCAUUACCAUCAUCAUCAGCAUCAGCAGCAGCAGCAACAGCAACAGGAUACUCAACACCAUACACAUCAGCGUAACCACCAAAACCAUCAGCUACACAGAAAUACUAACGCUUCCUCCAGCGAACCAGCGACGGAAGCACAUUUAGCGACGGCAAAACGUUUAGCAAUAGAAACAGCAAAAUCUAACGCUGAAGUAAUACAAAACUCCCUUCAUGAAACGACAAACUCCAUAAGUGAGGCUGCGCUCGAAACGCCAUCACAUCUAGAAGCUGCUGAAAAGUUAGCGUUAGACUCAGCGCCGUUACCAGCGUCGAUAACAAGUAAAGCUAAUAACGCUAACACCACCGCCGCCACAUCCACUGCAACUGCAAGGGCAACUGCUGGCAGCACCACAGCCACCAGUGAUAAUGCUGAUGCCGAUGAUGAUGCUGAUGAUGUGGAUGACAGCGAUGAGAAUGCUGAAAAUAAUGAGCCCGCCACAUACAGUAAUAAAGAGAUAAUCGGUGAUAAACUCAAACCCGAUCCAUCGACUCUAGUCCAAAUUGAGAAUAGCCUGUUGUCGCUAUUCAACAUGAAGAGGCCACCAAAAAUUGAUCGUUCAAAAAUUAUUAUACCCGAAGCGAUGAAACAAUUAUAUGCGCAAAUAAUGGGUCAUGAAUUGGAUAUUGCGAAUAUACGCCGGCCGAGCAUACCAUCGAGAACAGCGAAUACCGUGAGAAGUUUUACACAUAUUGAAAGUAAAAUCGACGAUCGAUUUCCGCAUCAUCAUCGGUUUCGUUUGUACUUCGAUGUGAAGAGCAUACCCACCGAAGAGAAGCUGAGAGCUGCCGAGCUACAACUAACACGUGAUGCUAUUAGCGAAGCGAUGCUAAACGAACGUCUCGCUAACCGCGACACCUACCAAGUGCUGGCCUACGAUAUCACACGAGUCGGUGUGCGCGGCAAGCGUAGUCCAAGCUAUCUGCUGUUAGACAAUAAAUCUGCGCAUCUUAAUGGCACCGACACCGUACAUCUCGAUGUUCGACGGGCGGUGGAACGGUGGUUAGCGACACCGCGAAAAAAUCACGGUCUGCUGAUAGAAGUACGUACCGGUCCAACACUCAAACCUGCGCCACAUCAUCAUGUACGUCUGCGACGGAGCGUCGAUGAGCCACACGAAAGUUGGCAACACAAGCAACCGGUGCUGUAUGCCUAUACCGCUGAUGGUAAGCAUAAGACUCGUUCAAUACGUGAUGCGGCGGCGAGUUCAACGCGUUCGAAACGUGCCGGUCAUCAUCGGCGUGCACAUCGUAGGAAAAACAGUGAUGAGAUUUGUCGACGACAUUCAUUGUACGUGGACUUUGCCGAUGUGGGUUGGAGCGAUUGGAUUGUAGCGCCACCAGGCUAUGAUGCAUUCUACUGUCAGGGUAAAUGUCCCUUCCCACUCGCCGAGCACAUGAACUCCACCAAUCAUGCGGUCGUGCAAACUUUAGUCAAUAAUCUAAAUCCUGGUAAAGUGCCAAAGGCCUGCUGUGUGCCCACCCAAUUGGAGGGUAUCUCUAUGCUCUAUCUGAAUGACCAGAAUACCGUAGUGCUGAAGAACUAUCAGGAUAUGACAGUUGUGGGCUGUGGGUGUCGAUAAUAAGGACAUUACGGCUAUUGACGGAGCAGCAGUAGCAGCAGCAGCAGUAAGAGUUAAGAAAGAGUGAGUAAGAACACAAAGAAAAAAUGCUCGUGCUCAUGACGAUAAAAGCCACAGAGUAGCGCCGAAAAACUGCGUUGAUAUUCGGUAAAACGAACUAGAAAACGAAUACAUAUUGAACCAGAAGCCAAACCAAUGUCGUCGAUGGUAUAUCUAAAGUGUACAUCGACCAUAAAAUUGUGUGUUUAUUACGACGUGUGCAAGCGCUCGACCUAUGCUAACGCAACGAAGAGCCAAAGCAAAUUCAAUAAGCCGCUGUUGCAGCGAUCUAAAGAGUACACAGCGAGAGCACGAGAACACAUGACGCUAUAGGUGAGCGUAAAUUAACAACCGCUAGCCGUACUACUCUUGCUGACCAAAAAGGACAAAAGUCCACCUAAAUAGAGAAGUUUCGUACCCACACGCACACGCACCCACGGCGUAGACGCCGAGCACAUGCACAUCGGGAGCGCAGACAAGAGAGCAUUAAAUGCUAGGUUUCAAGCCGCUUCACGCUUUAAUAAGUUUAAAUUUUUAUUAAACGAAAUGCAAACAAAAUGGACUGAAUAUAUGAAUUUUAAGUAUAAAUUUUAGACUUUAUUUUUAUUAAAUAGAGCAAGUAGAAAAACGAAGCUGAGUUGCGUUGAGAGUUAAUGGAACUGAGAGUUGCGCCACGCGAUCGUCGCAAUUGACAGCCAGGCUGCCAAGACGUUUGACAAUCACGGCCGACACAAUGAACAAA